AUGACCCUGGGCAGCUGCUGCUGCGAGAUCAUGUCCUCCGAGAGCUCCCCGGCCGCGCUGUCCGAGGCCGACGCAGAUAUAGACGUGGUGGGCGGCGGCAGCGGUGGGGGGGAGCCCCCUGCCCGUUCCGGACCCCGCGCCCCCCGGGACCUACUCCCCCACGGCCCCGAGCCUCCCCCAGAGGAAGCCGAGGGGGACGCCGCUGAGGACGAGGAGGAGUCCGGCGGCUGCUCGGACGGCGAGCCCCGCGCUCUAGCGCCCCGAGGGGCGGCGGCCGCAGCGGGAAGCCCAGGGCCAGGCACGGCGGCCGCCCGGGGCGCGGCGGGGCCCGGGCCCGGACCGCCGUCGGGGGGCGCGGCGACUCGGAGCCCGCUGGUGAAGCCGCCCUACUCGUACAUCGCGCUCAUCACCAUGGCCAUCCUGCAGAGCCCCAAGAAGCGUCUGACGCUGAGCGAGAUCUGCGAGUUCAUCAGCGGCCGCUUCCCCUACUACCGGGAGAAAUUCCCCGCCUGGCAGAACAGCAUCCGCCACAACCUAUCGCUCAACGACUGCUUCGUCAAGAUUCCCCGCGAGCCUGGCAACCCAGGCAAGGGCAACUACUGGACGCUCGACCCAGAGUCGGCCGACAUGUUCGACAACGGCAGCUUCCUGCGGCGCCGCAAGCGCUUUAAGCGGCAGCCGCUACCGCCGCCGCAUCCACACACGCACCCUCACCCUGAGCUGCUGUUGCGCGGAGGGGCUGCGGCGGCGGGGGACGCCGGCGCCUUCCUGCCGGGCUUCGCGGCUUACGGCGCCUACGGCUAUGGCUACGGGCUAGCGCUCCCGGCCUAUGGCGCACCCCCGCCGGGCCCGGCUCCGCACCCGCAUCCACACCCGCACGCCUUCGCUUUCGCCGCCGCCGCUGCACCUUGCCAGCUGUCGGUACCCCCAGGCCGUGCCGCGGCGCCUCCACCCGGACCUCCGACGGCUUCGGUGUUCGCGGGCGCAGCCUCGGCUCCGGCCCCUGCGCCUGCGCCGGGCACAGGAUCGGGCCCGGGCCCCUCAGGCCUGCCAGCCUUCUUAGGCGCGGAGCUCGGCUGCGCCAAAGCCUUCUACCCCGCGUCCCUGAGCCCUCCCGCAGCAGGCACCGCGCUCCUGCGCCAGGGCCUCAAGACGGACGCGGGCGGCGGGGGCACCGGGGCCGGGCAGAGGCCUUCCUUUUCUAUAGACCACAUCAUGGGCCACGGUGGCGGCGGCGGCGGGGCACUACCCCCGGGCGGGGGCGAGGGCUCCCCAGGAUCGCCGUUCUCGGCGGCGGCGGGUCCUGGGGGUCAGGCCCAGGUCUUGGCCAUGCUGACUACCCCGGCCUUAGCUCCAGUGGCCGGCCACAUCCGCCUCUCGCACCACGGGGACACGCUCCUGUCCUCAGGGCCCCCGUUUGCCGGCAAAGUAGCAGGCCUCAGUGGCUGCCACUUCUGACCGUGUCGGGAUCUGGGCCACUUAAGCCCGCACUCCUCAGUCUCUCCCGGGAGCUCCUGCGGUCGCAGCGGAACUCAGGGAGUCUAUUUAUGAAGAGUCUCCAGACCUUGGGCCGGCGCGCGUGACUUAGCACUUCAGGCUCCACGCUCAGAAUCUCUCCGAUAGUUGGGACGAAGCGGGCUCCGUCGCUCAGGGAGAGGCCCGGGUCUAUGCGACGAGGUCGCUAGCCAUGAUCCCAUUCCAGUUUGAGCAGUAAAAGAGGGAGGGGGAAGUCUUCGCUUUUCCCCAGUCUCUGCGCCUCUCGGCAGCCCCGGAAGAAUGUUUUCCCGGAGAGGUGCCCUCCCAGGCCGGCAGAUCCCGCCAGAAACACCAACUUCGCAGAGAGGUCUCCCUUUCUGCCUCUCCCACACUCCUUCCCCAACUUUGAGGCCCUGAUUGUCCAAUAUUAUA